AUGAACAAACAAAAACAGGCGAAUUUUUUGGCCGGUAAGUGUACGACAAAAAUAUUUCAACAAUUUUUAAAGUAUGAUCUACAUAGAUACAUUGAUGAUACCUUUAUGACUUGGAAUAAAUCUGAAGAUAGAUUACGACAAUUCUUAGCUGAUGCCAAUACAUGGCAUCCAAAUAUUAAAUUGGGUUAUACGAUUGGUAAAAGUCUUCCAUUUCUUGAUGUUCUUCUUACGAAUGAUAAUGGUCAGCUAUUCACAUCUAUCUUUCAUAAACCAGCAGCUGAACCUUACGUCAUUCCAUUUAUAUCAGAUCAUCCUCGACAUGUGUUCAAUAAUAUUGUCAAAACUUCUCUUCAACGUGCUAUCAGAUAUUCGUCAACAUUUGAAACAUUUAAUUAUGAACGACGUCAAAUUAAAUUAACAUUGUUAUAUAAUGGGUACGGUUCAUAA